CCACCGCCAGAGGCGGCGCUUGGGUCAGCCAGUAAGAGAGCUGGUGAUCCCGUUAGUUCCACGGCUAGGAGGGCGGGAAAACCCGAGCUCCCGCUCCGCCUCAGAGCAGAGGGCGGGGAGACUUUAGGUUUGAUAUGGGCGAGGCUGCCCCGGGUCUUUGUGGGGAUUUUAGGGCAGAUUGGGCGAAAAUCUCUUCCGUUAAUCUGGAUAGUUGGGCCACUCUCAGUUAAGGGACGAGCAGGGACUUAGUUACUAGCCUGCAAGAUAAGUGAAAACCUUUCUCUCAUUUGAGGAAAGCAGUGAGAAGGAUCUCUUUCAAUUUGGAACAAGAAAUGGAAAUAGAUUUUAUAUUCGAAGGAAGAGGUGGAUUCAGUCCUCUUAAACUGGGAUGGGGGGUGGGGGGCGCGGAGGAUGGGUGCUCUUUCUCGAAAAAGAAUGGAAUGAGUCAGCGUGAGGAGGCAGGUAGCACAUGUUACUUCAGUUUGGGUGAUGAGUGGAAAGUGGAGACAGUCUUUGGGUUGGGGCGAGAUGAGUCAAAUGACCCAAGUUCCUAGUUUAAAGGGAACUCCGUAAGAUCCUCACAGAUUCAUGGAAUAAGAGAAUAGUGCCCCGUAGUCUGAAGGACAGGCAAGGCGAUGCCUCUCAGCUCCGGAGACAAGAAGAAUAGCCUCCUUUGCAAACUGGAACGAACUGGGAUCAGUCCCGGCCUUGAGGUUUUCUGGGUACGUGGAGGGCAGCGUUGUCCAUCAAGGCUUUCUGGGGUGUGCCCAGUGCGCGUGCGCAGCUCUGGUCUGGGCACAGGCCGGCAGGGGUCCCAGGUUUUGGAGAUUUGGGCAGCAGCGCACCGCCCCCUGCGGUUUACUCAGCGAGGCGCCGGGACCCGCAGCCUAGGCACCUGGGGCCGGUGGCCUGCAAUUGGGCGGCAUUCUCCGGUAGCCGCGCUCGUGUCUGUUCCUCGAGACCCCUGUCCUUCUCGCUGUCCCGGGACGCUGUGGCCGAUCACCUCUCUCAAUCUGGGUGAGAGGCGAUUGAGGGGAGCAUACCAAGGGAGUGGGUUUCAGGAUUCGGGAAAGAGGGCUACACUGUGGAAUUUCCGGAGCUGAGACUAUCCGAGAAGAAAUGGAGGAGGGGAUCCCAACUGCUAGAGUCCAGGGCAGGGUCUCGGGGUCCGAACCUGAUGCGGGGGUAUCAGAGCCCGGAUUGGGGGGAGUGAACCCCACGUGCCUGUGACGCGGGGGCGCUGGGUAGGCGGCGGCGGCGACAGCGACGCGGGGCCGGCGGCCGUGCAGUGCCGGGAGCACGGCGAGGCAAGGCUGCAGGAUGCUGCGCGCCGCACUGCUUCUCCUGCUCCGGCUGCCCCUAGCGGGGGCGGGGGCCACAGAAGAACCCACCCAGGAGUCCCGGCCGUUGGGUGAGCCUCCUCCAGGCUUGGCGCUUUUCCGCUGGCAGUGGCACGAGGUGGAGGCGCCCUACCUGGUGGCCCUAUGGAUCCUGGUGGCCAGCCUGGCCAAAAUCGUGUUUCACCUGUCUCGGAAGGUGACAUCUCUGGUCCCUGAGAGCUGCCUGCUGAUUUUGCUGGGCCUGGCGCUGGGGGGCAUUGUCUUAGCUGUGGCCAAGAAGGCUGAAUACCAGCUGGAGCCAGGGACCUUCUUCCUUUUCCUGCUCCCUCCCAUCGUGCUAGACUCAGGCUAUUUCAUGCCGAGCCGGCUCUUUUUUGACAACUUGGGUGCCAUCCUCACCUACGCUGUGGUGGGCACACUCUGGAAUACCUUCACAACAGGUGUUGCCCUUUGGGGCCUGCAGCAGGCUGGACUUGUAGCCCCUAAGGUACAGGCUGGCCUGCUGGACUUCUUACUGUUUGGAAGCCUCAUCUCGGCGGUGGACCCUGUGGCUGUGUUGGCUGUCUUCGAGGAGGUGCACGUCAAUGAGACUCUCUUUAUCAUCGUCUUUGGAGAGUCCCUGCUCAAUGAUGCAGUUACCGUGGUGCUGUACAAGGUCUGCAACUCCUUUGUGGAGAUGGGCUCUGCCAACGUGCAGGCCACUGACUACUUAAAGGGAGUCGCCUCCCUGUUUGUGGUCAGUCUGGGCGGGGCAGCUGUGGGUUUGGUCUUUGCCUUCCUCCUGGCCCUGACCACGCGCUUCACCAAGCGGGUCCGCAUCAUCGAGCCGUUGCUGGUCUUCCUCCUCGCCUACGCAGCCUACCUCACUGCUGAAAUGGCCUCACUGUCCGCCAUUCUUGCAGUGACCAUGUGUGGUCUUGGAUGUAAGAAAUAUGUGGAGGCCAACAUCUCCCAUAAGUCACGCACAGCCGUCAAAUACACAAUGAAAACGCUCGCCAGCUGCGCUGAGACCGUCAUCUUUAUGCUGCUUGGCAUCUCAGCCGUGGACUCAUCCAAAUGGGCCUGGGACUCUGGGCUGGUGCUGGGCACCCUCUUCUUCAUCCUGUUCUUCCGAGCCCUCGGCGUAGUCUUGCAGACCUGGGUGCUGAAUCAGUUCCGGCUGGUCCCUCUGGACAAAAUUGACCAGGUGGUGAUGUCCUAUGGGGGCCUUCGGGGGGCUGUGGCCUUUGCUCUCGUCAUCCUACUGGACAGGACCAAGGUCCCAGCCAAGGACUACUUUGUGGCCACCACGAUUGUGGUGGUCUUCUUCACAGUCAUUGUGCAGGGUUUGACCAUCAAGCCACUGGUCAAGUGGCUGAGGGUGAAGAGGAGCGAUCACCAUAAACCCACCUUGAACCAGGAGCUACAUGAGCACACUUUUGACCACAUUCUGGCUGCAGUGGAGGACGUUGUGGGGCACCAUGGCUACCACUACUGGAGGGACAGGUGGGAACAGUUUGACAAGAAGUACCUGAGCCAGCUGUUGAUGCGGCGGUCAGCCUAUCGUAUCCGAGACCAGAUCUGGGAUGUGUACUACCGGCUCAACAUCCGAGAUGCCAUCAGUUUUGUGGACCAGGGAGGCCACGUCUUGUCCUCCACAGGACUCACACUGCCCACUAUGCCUAGCAGAAAUUCCGUGGCAGAGACCUCUGUCACCAACCUGUUGAGGGAGAGUGGCAGUGGCGCGUGUCUGGAUCUGCAGGUGAUCGACACUGUACGCAGCGGCCGAGACCGAGAGGAUGCUGUGAUGCACCACCUGCUCUGUGGAGGCCUCUACAAGCCGCGGAGGCGCAGGUACAAAGCCAGUUGCGGCCGCCACUUCAUCUCCGAGGAUGCACAGGAGCGACAGGACAAGGAGAUCUUCCAGCAGAACAUGAAGCGACGGCUCGAGUCCUUUAAGUCCACCAAGCAUAACAUCUGCCUCACCAAGAGCAAACCUCGACCCCGCAAAGCCGGCCACAAGAAGAAGGAUGGUGUGGCUAAUCCCGAAGCUACAAAUGGGAAGCCUCCUCGAGACCUGGGCUUUCAGGACACAGCUGCAGUGAUUCUAACCAUGGAGUCUGAGGAGGAGGAGGAAAGUGACAGCUCAGAGACAGAGAAAGAGGACGAUGAAGGGAUCAUCUUCGUGGCUCGAGCGACCAAUGAGAUUCUCCAAGAAGGCAAGCUCUCAGGAAGCCAUGAGGUGUGUCCAAGCCCACGCAUCAUCCCCCCCUCCCCAACCUGUGCGGAGAAGGAGUUACCCUGGAAGAGUGGGCAGGGAGACCUGGCUGUCUAUGUGUCUUCGGAAACAACCAAGAUCGUGCCUGUGGACAUGCAGACAGGCUGGAACCAAAGCAUCUCCUCCCUGGAGAGCCUGGCAUCCCCUCCCUGCACCCAGCCUCCCACUCUAGCCCGCUUGCCUCCUCACCCUCUGGGCAUGGAAGAGCCGCAGGUUCCUCUUGACCUGUCUUCUGACCCCCGCUCAAGCUUUGCCUUUCCCCCAAGCCUGGCCAAAGCUGGCCGUUCUCGUAGCGAGAGCAGUGCUGACCUCCCCCAGCAGCAGGAGCUGCAACCCCUCAUGGGCCACAAGGGCCAUACGCAUCUUAGUCCGGGCACUGCCAACUCCCACUGGUGCAUCCAGUUCAACAGAGGAGGCCGGCUGUAGCCCAGGGCCUCGGGGAGUGUAGGGAGUGUGUGCCUCAGGCAGUGGACAGAGGUGCCUACUCAGCCUGCUUUGUGGCCAGGGCGGGCCUGGGCCGAGGUGGCAACUGGACCUCCCUGGGACUGGUCAGAAGGGUUUCCUGGGCUGGCCCUCACAGAGACUCUUCUUGCCGUUUCUCCCUGCUCUUAA